AUGGGAAAGGAGAAACGAACAUGUCAAGGUAAACAACACUUCAGCCAUCCCCACUUCUUGAAACUAAUUGUCAAUCCACCUGAAACACUCACUUGCAAUGCUUGUGAGCAACCAAAUAUUACUACUACUUUCUAUGGCUGCAAUACCUGCCAAUAUUUCCUCCAUGAAAACUGCCUCAAUGCUCUGCGUUUUCUCGAUCAUUCAUCUCAUCCUUCCCACUACUUGACCCGUCUACCAACUCCAACUUACUUGAAUCGUUCCUAUACUUGCAAGGCUUGUGGCUCUGCUGGCAAUGGUUGUAGCUUUAGCUGUGCCUGUUGCGAAUUUGAUGUCCACAUUGAACUCAAUUAUCCAAAGUCAAUACUUAUUGAUAAACAUCAACAUGAGUUGGAGCUCUGCUUUGGUUCUCCUUACGAAGAUAAGGAUACCCUAUUUGCUUGUGAUAUCUGCAAUAUCAUAAUGGACUCAAACGAAUCCUUGUACUAUUGUGCUGAUUGUGAUUUCGGGUCGCACUUGCACUGUGCAUCUCCUGAUGUUGAUGUUCUUCCGUCAUCACAUCAAUGUCGAAAUCCAAAUCCAAAUCCAAAAUAUCAAAUUCCAAAUGUAAAUUCAUCAGUGGAGAUGAUAAAUUCAGUUAGUGAUGCUCAUGAGCGGCUUAUAGCAGCUCAAAUUGAAUCUCAGAUUGCAAGACGAGGAAGACAGGCUAUACUGGAUUCGAUAGACGGGCCAUCACCAAGACGCUAUUACUACUAGCUAAUUGCUAUCCACUUUUUCAAUUCAUGUUGAUUUUCUGCAAAUCAAAUGCUUUGCAGCUGUUAUGUUAUUUCCUUUUGGAGCACAAUUAGUUCUCUUUCAACUCUUGUAUUUCUAUUUUAUUUUCCGUUUCCCAUACCCACAUUGGAGCGCUGCAUAGUGCCCAAUUCGAGGAGGGGGGUCGCUCUCUAUCAAGAACUUUUUCAUAUCCAGGGCUUGAAUUUGAGACCUCUGAUUAAGAGAGGAUCAACACCAUC